UGAAUCAUUCUGUGACGAAUCAAGAAGGAAGUAACUGGGUUACGCAGGUCUGAAGAUCUUUUGCAAUUUUUUAACCACAGAACAACCUCAAGAUUGCAUGCCAAGAUAGUCAAAUAUUAGUCAACAAGAAGGGAGUUGUGAUAAUUCAGUGCUCUAUACUUGGGACUUUAAUUGCAACAUAAAAUGAAGAAUUCUCGUAAGGAUAAUGGCAAAUUGGCUCGAUCGGUUCCAGUGAUAAUAUUAAUAUGUCUCCUUCUGAUCAUCUUGGCGGUAGCAAUUUCAUUCAUCAUAAUUAAUGUAUGCAUGGAAAACAAACUGAAGGAUAUCGAAAUAGAAAAUAGGUCACUGAAGAUUAGGUUUCAGAAUUUAAUGACCAACCACAGUGAAUUAAUGACGUACAACAAUGAAUUAAACACCAGCCACAGUAAAUUAAUGACCGACUUCAAUAAACUAAAUACCAACCAAACUAAAUUAAUGACCAACUACAAUGAACUAAAUACCAACUACAAUGAAUUAAUGACCAGUCACAGUAAAUUAAUGACCACCUACAAUAAACUAAAUACCAAAUACAGUAAAUUAAUGACUAACUACAAUGAACUAAAUACCAACUACAGUAAAUUCAUGAUCAACUACAAUGAAGUAAGUACCAACUACACAGCAUUAGAUGAUAAGGUCAAGAAAUUUGCAAAGGAUGUUCGUGAUGGUAUAAUUUCUCUUCACCCCUCGGGCUGGAACUGUACUUCUUUCCGAAAGAGCGUCUACCAUUUCCCAACUGAUUCAAGUAAUUGGGCAGAUGCCAAUAUUACUUGUGCCUCCAUGUCCUGCUGCUCACUUGUGAUUGUAGAUGAUUCAGCUGAACAGGAAUUUAUAAAAAAUUAUGACAAAGAGAAACGGUGGAUUGGGUUGCAAAAAGAUGGUGCUGGCAAUGACUUUCAGUGGGUAGAUGGAACAUCUCUGGCUACAGCGUUUUGGGCCUCUGACGAGCCAAACAAUGAAAAUACUGAAUUCUGUGUUACUAAGGGCGCUGAGUUCGACCAGGACAAAUGGAACAAUGAGAAGUGCAAUGCAUCUCAUCGCCGAAUCUGUGAAUUCAAACCAGAAUGCUAUGUAAGGAAAAAAUUAGAAACUGUUGAUUAAUUAAAUGCCUCCUGCAUAUUCCUCGUCCCCUCUGCUCCACCUUCAUCAGCUGAAUAUUCAGCCACUCACUACAGGCUGGGAGUGGGGGUGUGUCGGAUGUAUGAAGGAUGUUGAGAGGUUUCUCACUGGGGAACUAGGGAGCUUUCUGUGGAGAAUCUAUCCCUCACUCGGUAUCCAUCCUAAGGCCCCCCCCCGGGUGGCCGAGGGAGGCUACGAUCGUCUUGCCUGACAGUGAACCAUGAAACGAUGCCUUCAAUUCUCCUCUGCUCUCUCCUCUCCCUCACGCUUUCUCUCCCUCAAUC